AGCAGGGGGAGACUUCCACCUUUCUGUCCGUGAACGCAGCACUCAGUUUGAGCCGCAGAGGAAGUGAGUGAGGAACAAGCAUGGACGGAAACCUGCAGCUUUAAACUUCACAUGCAGCCUGGCAUCAUGAAGAUCAACGAGAACACUUUACUGGAGGGACACAGAGUGCUGCUGGUCCCUUACAAUGCAGACCACGUGCCCAGGUAUCACGAGUGGAUGAAGUCUCCCGAGCUGCAGCAGCUGACCGCCUCAGAGCCGCUGACCCUGGAGCAGGAGUACGACAUGCAGAGGAGCUGGAGGGAAGAUAACGACAAGUGCACCUUCAUCAUCUUGGACAAGCAGCGGUGGAUGGACACCGGUGUAGAAGAAGAAGAGCUGUGCAUGGUGGGGGAUGUCAACAUCUUCCUGACUGACCCCACGGACACCACCUUGGCCGAGUUGGAGAUCAUGAUAGCAGAGCCCAGUUACAGAGGCAAGGGCAUCGGGAAAGAGGUGACACGCAUGAUGAUGUGCUAUGGAGUCACCAAACUUGGGGUCAAAAAGUUCCAAGUGAAAAUCGGGCUGGACAACGAGGUCAGCAUCGCCAUGUUCAAGAAACUCAACUUUCAGGAGGUGUCGGUGUGUAAGGUGUUCAAAGAGGUGACCCUCGAGAUGACGGUGGACGAGUCGGUUCGGAUGAGGCUGCUGGACGACGUGGCCGACAUGAAGGAGAGAGACUACAGACAGACCUGCAGCAACAGACAAGAGCUGGUUUCAUAGUACAUACUGGAGCGUCCUAAAGACUUCCAGCUGUGGAGGAGAUUCUUUCACACAGAUGUGCAGCACAGUCCACUUUAAUAUACUGUGUCACAGCCCUGCACAGAUGAGAAGUAACAUUUACUGAGUACAGGUUGAUGUACUGGUUCUUUAUGCAAGUCAUUUUUAUUUGAAAGCAAAUACUUUUUAUGUUAAAGCCUCCAUAUUUUGAAUAUUUCCUCCGCUCCGCUUCACCUUCAGACGUAGGAGCUGUUAUCUAUGCUCUCUUCAAAGCCACCGGACCAAACUAACAAAAAAACAGUAAGUUUACAAGAAUAUUUCCGCGUCCCACUCUGUGAAUUGAGGAUUUGUAGCGACCAAACUAGAGCUGGUGAUCGUUGACAAAGUUUUUGGUCAACGUGGCAGUCAAACUAAUCUCACUUCAGAGAAACUUGGUUGUAUUUAUCUGUCCAAUAAGAAAAACAGGUGUGAGAAUAUUUAAUUUCUUGACAGUUCAUGAGUUCAUUUAUUACCCUAAACAUAGCAAAGUUGGUUUCUUUCGGCUCCGGCUGGUUUGCAGAAUAAAAUAAAUGUCAGGAAGGUUUAAAUGACAAUAAUUUGAUUUGAGUUUAAACUAAUUCCUGAUAUUCCCUAUUAUGAAUUGCAUAGUUAAAAGGCUGUUGUGGAGCUGUUUGGCUUUAAUAUGGAAAAACUAUUUAGCCUGUAUGGACAAAAGUAUGUGGACACAUGGACAUUACACCAUGUCAUUAAUCUGCUGCUUUAAUAGCCUGCACUCUUGUGGGAAAGCUUUUCUUUCAUUCAUCUAUAAGAGCGUUAUUGUGGAUGGGCAUUUCUGUUAAAGGAUGAAGCCGGACUUUCAUCCCAAAGAUGUCAGAUGGAGCUGAAGUGAGGACUCAACACCGAACUCAUAAAACCAUGUACCAGGACAUUGUCGGGAAGAGUCUAAACCAAACCAUAAAAACAACCUCUGUCCACAAACCUUUGACCAUGUGGUGCAUAUUUUAAAUUUUACUUUCAGCAUGAGAUGAAUGUCUCCUUUUUUACAUUUAUUAUGCACAACACAGACAGCCAUGGCUCAGCGGUAGCGUGGCAGUCCACCUGUAAUAGAAAGGAUUUUGUGUGUAUAACAUGAUUAAUGAAGUUUCAACUUAAACUUUCGAGCUGUUAAAGGAAUCGUAUGACACUGUGGGAAAUGAUACCGCUCUCAUGUCUAUAUGUUAAGUACAAAGCUUCAAAGACUGGAAACAGGGAAACUGAGGUCAUAAGGUAUCAAAAUCAGCAUGAGUAAAGCUUUUUAAUUGACUCUGA